GGUUGACCGGGGUUCGCAGAGGGGGCGAGGCGGCCGCCCCUGUAUGCGUCUUCAACCGCGCAUGGACGACCACCUCAGCCUCCUUCAAUCACCCCCGCCGAGCGCGACCAAAACCCGUGGCGACAAUCUGGUGAACCACGGAUACACAGAGACAGAGGCCGACGUGAUGACGGUUGUGGCGUGUGACAACAUGCUGGAAGAGUCGGCGGCUCUGCCGGGCCACCACUCUCUGGACCGAUAUGAGCCGGACCACGAAUGCUGCGAGAGGGUCGUCAUCAACAUCUCAGGGCUACGGUUCGAGACGCAGCUCAAGACUCUGUCCCAGUUUCCAGAGACGCUGCUGGGGGACCCCAAGAAGAGGAUGAGGUAUUUUGAUCCCCUCAGGAACGAGUACUUUUUCGAUCGGAACCGACCCAGCUUUGAUGCCAUUCUCUAUUAUUACCAGUCUGGCGGGCGCAUCAGAAGACCCGUUAACGUGCCCAUUGACAUUUUUUCCGAGGAGAUCCGGUUCUAUGAACUGGGUGAGGAGGCUAUGGAGAAGUUCAGGGAGGAUGAGGGCUUCAUAAAGGAGGAGGAGCGACCGUUGCCGGAGAAUGAAUUUCAAAGACAGGUGUGGCUGCUCUUUGAGUACCCCGAGAGCUCGGGUCCCGCACGGGGCAUAGCGAUAGUGUCUGUCCUGGUCAUUCUCAUCUCCAUUGUCAUCUUCUGCUUAGAGACACUGCCGGAGUUCAGGGACGACAACAGGGAUCCGAUCACCAUUACCCCUUUGAUAAAUGGCACGCUCCCAUAUUUCAUCAGCCCCUUCUCAGACCCCUUCUUUGUGGUGGAGACGUUGUGCAUCAUCUGGUUCUCCUUCGAGCUGCUGGUGCGCUUCUUUGCAUGCCCGAGUAAAGCCACGUUCUCCAAGAACAUCAUGAACAUUAUUGACAUUGUGGCCAUCAUUCCCUAUUUCAUCACCCUGGGCACGGAGCUGGCAGAGAGGCAGGGGAAUGGACAGCAGGCCAUGUCAUUAGCAAUUCUGCGCGUAAUUAGGCUUGUACGGGUGUUUCGCAUCUUCAAGCUCUCACGUCACUCGAAGGGGCUUCAGAUUUUAGGACAGACUCUGAAGGCCAGCAUGCGUGAGCUGGGCCUGCUCAUCUUCUUCCUGUUCAUCGGUGUCAUCCUCUUCUCCAGUGCUGUCUACUUUGCAGAGGCAGACGACCCAGAUUCGGGUUUUAACAGCAUCCCGGACGCAUUCUGGUGGGCUGUUGUCACCAUGACCACCGUUGGCUAUGGGGACAUGCACCCCGUGACAAUUGGAGGAAAGAUUGUGGGGUCUCUGUGCGCCAUCGCCGGUGUGCUGACCAUUGCCCUGCCCGUACCCGUCAUCGUCUCCAACUUUAACUACUUCUACCACAGAGAGACUGAAGGCGAGGAGCAGGCACAGUACCUGCACGUGGGGAGCUGUCAGCCCCUGGCAGACACGGAGGAGCUGAGGAAGACUCGCUCCUCUUCCUCACUCAGCAAGAGCGAGUACAUGGUGAUAGAGGAGCACGGGAUCAACAGCGCGUUCAAACAGCAGCCCAACUUCCCCACCACCGCGCAGAACAACUCGCAGAAUUGUGUGAAUAUAAACAAAAAGAUUUUCACCGACGUGUAGCCACUUUAAGAGUCACGGCCCUGAACACAGGAGGAGGUGGUGUGUCAUCACACAGAUGGUUCUGUCGUUGCGCACCAGCGUGUGGAAGCAGCGGUAGAUCAGAUGAAGAAAGAAAGGAGGAGAGAAAGAGAGAGAGUACACCCUGUAUGUUCAGAGACGCUGCUUUGUGCUCCAUUCAAAGAAUCAGGACUUUUCAUUUCAGUGAUCUGAAUUCAUAAUUCUGUACGGUUCCAUUCACGCUUGGAGAGAAAGAGCUCCUUAACGUCUUAGGCCAACUAUUCUUCUCUGAGUGAGGGAAUUGACCUGUUGUGCAUUGUGCAAUAGCCAAUAUGUGAGCACAACAGGUGGUAAUAGAAGCUUUAUAACUGUGAAAGAUGAGUACAAAUGUAACUCGAAGGACACUCACAUUGUACUAACAUGCGUUAUGAGUCGUGAUUCCUCAGUCAUAGCCUAUGUAUAAUAUUCAGAAUCAUUUAAAUAUGUGUGUGUGUUUAAACACAUGUGAUGUCUGAAAAACACAGUUCUGCAUAUAUUAUUCAAUUAGACCGUUCUGUGCUAUGCCUUUAUUGUGCGUUAAAGUCUAGUCCAAAUGCUACUGUCUUUAAAAAAUAAUCCCUUAUAGUUCCUCGACAUGAACUGUCCUGGUAGGCUACUUAAUGCGUAAACGGCACCUUAUAAACACGGGGGGGUCAGCCAGUGUCUCAUUAUCGGUGCGAGACACACGUGAGAGAGGAAAACAUAGCGCUCUUUCACGCACGCACGCACGCAGCGAUCAAAGAUGGAGCGUGCUUCUCUUUGGAUGCCUCAAAUAUAGCCCGCUGUGAUGCAGUCUCCAUGGUGACGGUCGUUUCCUCGGUAACCCCGGUCACCGUUGCCAUGGCAUCCUUGUUUCCACAGUAACCUCCCAGAUGGCUUGGAAGCUAUAUUGAAGAUUCUGAUCGAAAAAGCUUGUCUUCGGUCUCUAAUAAGACCAUUUUGUCGCCACGCUUCGCGUGCGUAAAAUCCAAGCCCGAACAUGCCCAGCGCCACUACCGCCAAUCAACAGGCUCACUCAGUGACUUUAACAUUGGCACGAAAACAAAUUGGAGUAAGAAGGUCUGUUUACAAAUUGCCACCAUGAACUGAAAAUGAACCAGGCACGACUCAGAGAUGUGAUAGGAGGGAGGAGGCGGAAGGAGAGGGGCGCGUGAGGAAUUAUGAAUGGACUGGGAGCACAUUGUGUCUGGCUGUCUGGAGUGCGCUACCGCGGGCGCUCAGCAGAGGCUGCUGUUCUCCCACUGAUAAAACUGGUGAAAGUUGUUCCAUUUUUUUGCACAGACCUCCUGGAACCCCUGACGAUCCCAGUUAGACUGCCUCCCAUUUAGGAGUGCAAUGACUCUGGUCUUCCUGUUGGGCCCGGUGGGCCAAAGUUAAGAGUUGAGACAGAACUCCCACUGGAACAAUUGUUCUUCCCUACCCUCCUCCUCCUGACAUGUGUCCUCCAACCUGGACCUCUAACAAGCGGUGCCUAGCAGGUCUCCCCCUCCGGCGGACCACCACUCAGUCCAAAAUGCAACGAAAUGCAAUUACAGAUGUAUAGCAUAUUCCACUUACGGUUUUGUAGCAGCGGUUUUAUGACUGCUUCUGUUUUGGAGUUAACACAUUGCGAGUGGAACCAUUACAAGAUUCAAAGUGAUUCAGGCAGUGACAGUGUUCAGCUGGAGCUGUGUUAUGGACUCUGACAUUUCUCCACAUCGCUUUCUAUAUCAAAAUCAAACAGACAGAUUCAGGAAACAGCCAGCAAUUUUGCAAAGCACAUGGUAUUCCUGGACUUUACACGGAUUUCUACAUUCUGUACUCAUAUUUCUGGCGAAUGAUUAUUUAUUACAGACAAUAAUGGACAAACAGCUUUUGCUUCAAGUCAAAAGUGGCAGAAACUGAGGCCGACCGUGAUUCGCUGAUAUGAAACUGUGAUACAAAUCAAAGACUGUUAGCCAUAUGCCUUUCUUAGCUCUGUGUGCUCUGUAUUGCUAUUAUGUGAAACGCACACAUACGUACGUGUGCUGGUCGCAGCUAUUCCCUUGACAUGGAGAACAAUACAAAGGCAUGCACGCACACACAAACACAGACACGCAAACACGCACACACAUGUAUACACGUGCCUGUGAAUGGCUCUCUUGCAUCCCAGAGCACACCGGUGUGUUUUCUGGGCAGAUUAUUGUCAGGGGAAGGCUGUGUAUACCAGUAUUUGUUCUGUGUUAAUAUGUGCUGUCUUAAA